CUCUGGCUUCCCAAUCAGAUGAUAUACGCCUUAUACCUCGAACUACGGUAUAUUCAAAAUUACUUUUCUCAUAUUUUAUACUGAAGUCUACAUAUUUUAAAUCACUAUCGAAUAAUACAGCUGCUAAGUAGUCUAAACUCACACUACCUUUCUACCAGGCUUUUCAGCUAAUUUAAGCAUAAUUUGGACGCGUUAUAUAACUGCGCUUAUGCUAGAUUUGUUUAAAUAAUCUUACUACAAGCGAUCCGAAAAUGUGUCUCAAUCAUAAGACUUAUCUGAAUACUUCAGACUUAAAUGGAGGCCUAGAUGUCGUAUGCGUCAUUACACAGGCUUGGAGGGAUAUAUUUUCUACAUGUUGGCCACGUGAAAGGGGUGAGAAACGUGACCGGAAAUUGGUUGAGAGAUUCCAGGGUCUCAAGGAAUAGAUAAAAAGCUUCUUCCCCAGCCUGGAAAGUUCCAACCACAUCAAAAGUUACCCAACUCAAUAGCAGUGAUGAUAUUUCAAUUGCUUCUAGUCCUGUCAUUUUUUGCAAAGCUUAUCUCAACUUCUAACGACGUAGAUAAUUUUAAUAUCGACUAUCCCACGAUCUGCCAACAAAUCGAGCAUGAGUUUAGUGUAGCUACCAUUCUUCCAAGUGACCCCCAAUACCAAAAUAUCAGCCAUAUUCAUUGGUGAGCUUCAGAAAUGAAUAUCUACUUACAUAUAUCUCUCGAAACCCAAAUGCUGACUGUAACAGGUCACAAACCUCAUGGAAAACGCCUUUCUGUAUUUUCCAGCCCGAUUGUGUUGAGGACCUGCAAAAGGUUAUUCCCCGUCUUGUAGCCGAGAAUGUCCAAUUCGCCAUCAGAUCAGGAGGACAUAUGACCAUGCCAGGAGCAGCGAAUAUCGACCGAGGCGUUUUAAUAGAUCUCCAGAGACUCGACAAGGUAGAAUACAAUGCAGAGAGAAAUGUGGUUGUCAUAGGAACUGGUCAAAGAUGGAAAAAUGUAUACACCCAGCUUGACCGCUACAAUGUCACCGUAGUAGGUGGCCGGGUUUUGGAUAUUGGGGUUGGAGGACUUGUACUAGGAAGUAAGUUUCUUUAUGUAUCAAAUUUUCUAUCACUAAGAAGCGAAUCCUUACAUUUUUGUUAGGCGGCCUCUCUUACCUAUCUGACCUAUAUGGUUUGGCUUGUGAUAAUGUGGUGAACUUCGAAGUAGUUCUCGCCGAUGGAUCUGUGGUUAAUGCCAAUUCUAACUCUAACUCGGAAUUGUUUUGGGCCUUGAGAGGUGGAUCAAAUAACUUUGGUAUGCAAUGGGUUAAAGAGCUUCUCUGCAGCACUUGACUGACAGAUACCCGCACAGGUAUCGUCACUGCCAUGACACUUUAUACUUAUCCCAUACAUCAGGUCUGGGGUGGAGUUAAGGGUUACACACUAGAUGAAAUGCCUGCACUCUUCGAUGCCAUGCUUGAAUAUCAAUCGCUUCCAAACAAAGACCCUUAUGCAAACAUAAUGCUGCAAGGCUUCCCCACCAACGCAAGCAUAGGAAUCCUCCUCAACAUGGUUUACUUGAAACCUAUUGAGACCCCUCCAGCAUUUGCUGCAUUCUAUAAUAUCACCACAACCUUCGACACAACGAAGACACAAACUUUGACCGAGUUUCUCAGUGGGCAAGCUUCUGUUGACAUACCCAGGUUUGAAACCAUUCUUUAUUUUUACAUUCUAUCGCUAACACAUAGCAGAAUCGACACCGUUGCCACGAGCUUCAAACCCACGGCUGCACUCUACAAAAGAAUCCAGGAAAUCAUCACUACUUCGUCAUCUAUUAAAACAAUCAAAUCAGUCACCGCUGGAUCCCAAGCAUUCGGAAUACAGCCAAUAACAACCAGCCUUGUGGAAGCUGGUAGAAGAAUGGGGGGUAAUGCACUGGGUUUGGAGUGCGUGAACCAGACCUGGUUAGUCCUUGAUUCGGGCUGGUGGUCAUCAAAUGACGAUAUGACAGUGCAUAAUGCUGCUCGGGACAUGAUUGGCGAUAUUGACAGUGCCUCAAAAUCAGGAGGGGACUAUGUGGAGUAUAUAUUCAUGAAUGAUGCCAGCUGGGACCAGGAGGUCAUCCGUCACUACGGAGCAGAGAACGUUCAGCGAUUGAAACGAGUUAGCGAGCUCUAUGACCCCAAUUGCGUGUUUCAGAGGCUCGUACCUGGGGGUUACAAGUUGCCCUGAUCAAGCUCUCUGUUUGAGUACUUAUAUUAUUUUGGUAUUUCUAAGGACUAUAACAGCCACUAGAGUCUAUACAUAUCAUC